AUGGCUAUGGAAGGCGUCGUUUGGGAGUGGGAUGACGCCGGAGAAGGCCAGACGAUGGCGCGGCUCUGUCGGAUGGAAGGUGCAAAUGCUGGAUCCUCGAAGAAAUUUUUGAAGCAAACUUAUGAAACUUCAGCAAAUUGUCUAAGAACAAAUUAUUAUGGGAUCAAGCUAGUGAGCAAAGAACUUAUUCCACUUCUUCAAUUAUCCAAUUCAGCUAGAAUAAUAAAUGUCUCCUCCACAUUGGGACAGCUGAAGGUGGUCGAAGGAUUCUUAGAAGAUGUGAAGGAGAAUUUGAUAAAAGACAAGGGCUGGCCUACAGUUUAUUCUGCUUAUUUUGUCUCCAAGGCAGCUCUGAAUGCUUACACGAGGAUUCUGGCUAACAAAUAUUCCAACAUUGCCAUUAACGCAGUUAAUCCUGGCUAUACCAAUACAGAAUUGAAUGAAAACACUGGAGUCUUGACUGUUGAAGAAGGAGCAACUUUUUUCUUUAGGAUUGCAGUUGUUACGGGGGCCAACAAAGGGAUAGGAUUUGAAAUAUGUAAGCAGCUAGCUUCAAAUGGGGUGGAGGUGAUAUUAACUGCUAGAGAUGUGAAGAGGGGAAAUGAAGCUGUUGAAAAACUCAAGGCUGCUGGAUACUCCGAUGUGAUUUUUCAUCAACUUGAUGUGGGGGACAAGGCUAGCAUUUCUUCUUUUGCAAAUUUCAUCAAAACUCAAUUUGGGAAGCUUGACAUAUUGAUAAACAAUGCAGGGAUUGCUGGAUCCAUAAUCAACGCAGAAGAUCAAGAGGGCUUAAUACAAGGGUAUUAUGAAGUUGCAGGUGGAAAUCAUGGAUCCUUGGAGAAAGUUUUCAAGCAAACAUUCGAAACUGCCACGGAUUGUAUAAGAACAAAUUAUUAUGGGAUGAAGCUAGUGAGCAAAGAACUAAUUCCACUUCUUCAAUCAUCCAAUUCUGCAAGAAUAAUAAAUGUCUCCUCCUCCUUGGGACAGUUAAAGCAUAUCCCAAAUGAGAAUACAAGGAAGGAGCUAGGAGAUGUAGAUGGCCUCACAGAAGGAAAAGUGGACAAGGUGGUGGAAGGGUUCCUAGAAGACGUCAAGGAGAAUUUGAUACAAGUCAAAGGCUGGCCGACAAAUUUGUCUGCUUAUCUUGUCUCCAAGGCAGCUGUGAAUGCUUUUACAAGGGUUCUUGCUAUGAAGUAUCCCAACAUUGCCAUUAACUCAGUUUGUCCGGGCUAUGUCAAGACAGAUAUUAAUCACAACACCGGAGUCUUGACUGUUGAAGAAGGAGCUAAAAGUCCUGUCACACUAGCUUUGAUGCCUGAAGGUGGACCUUCCGGCCUAUUCUUUUCUCAGACGGAAGUGUCAACCUUUUAA